CGUGAGGUGAUGCCGAUGGCGAUGGUUGUGGUGCUCGGGAGGAAGGUUGCACCAUGGAUGGGCCUGGUCCCCCCGUGGGAACCCAAUUUCCCUUGGGUUGUCUACGCUGAGGAGAGCGUGGGGGGGCGGCCCUCCUCCCCGCCCCUUUCAAAAAUAUAGUCUGGGGGAAUUUUUUUUUUUCCCCUAUUGACUAGUGUGUCAGUCCACAUUGGGAUUUGGAGCUGCAUGCUUGUCUGUUCCCUAUCCCCUUGUCCCACCCCUAGUUCUCCCCUCCCCCCUGACGGCCUAAGGACACUGUCGAUAGUAGUCACUGCAGUUCCCUGCAGCAACUCAUGUCAGCAGGUCAGCGACCUGUGGUACUUCCUCGACGCAGUCCUCGGAUAGCAGCUCUUCUCGGCAGACAACAGCAGACGGCAGCACGCAUCCCGACAGCGACGGUACCAAGGAGGCGGCGAACGAUGGUUCUGCCAACGUUUCCAGUCCAAGGCGCUGAUGAGGCAUCCGACGUGUUCCUGCAGCGUGUCCAGGCCUUCAUGGACCUGGCCGCUGCCGAACAGGAGCGGAUUGCCGCUGCACAACGGCUGGCCAACGAGGCAGCCGUCCAGGUGCAGCGACAGCGAGAAGCAGCCGAAGCAGUGCAACAGCAACAGUGUGCUGCAAGCACACAGAUCCUACACAAUGAGGAGCAGCGUUUCAGCGAACUCCUCACGACUUUGUGCCAACUCAACGACACACUUACCAUGCGCCUGAGUACGGUUGAAGCGCAGGCCCAUGCACCAGCAGCUAAGCCAAUAGGUUCAGCAGCCAGCCAGCAAUGGGACCCGCGUGUAGCAGCAAUCGAAAGUGCAGCCGCCACCACCACUCAACGAAUUGAUCACAUCAUCAGCUUGAUUGGCGAGGUGGGCCAGUUCGAGGCUCCUACGACACUCACCAACCAAGUGACGACACUCAAAGUCGAGUUGGGUCAUCUGAAGUCGAGACCAGACAACGUCAAGGCGUACAAGAUGCCCAAGUUCAAUGUAGCCAAAUUUGACGAUUAUCACAAGACUGACGCAUUGGCUUGGUGGACUGCAUUCAAUACGGAGGCCGACGUGCAUCACGUUCCCCCCGAACAGCGCCUCAACGCGCUGUACCUCCAUCUGAUUGGUGGCAGCCAGGCCUUCAUGAACAAUUUGGCGUUACAAAAGGCCUAUAUGAUCGCAACACUGCACACCAAGAUUACUUGGGAAGAGUUUGAGCAGCUGUGGCAGACGCGAUUCAUGGUCCGGAACGUGAGAAAGACGGUUAUGAACGAGCUCUACCAUUGCAGCCAAGGCACGAUGCCUACCCGAGAAUGGUUGACGAAGUGGCAGAAGUUUGUCGCCACUCCGAAAUUCAAUCUCGAUCUCGAAGAUUUGAGAUCUGAGUUCUUCUCUCGGUCAUGCGACAGGUUGACCACGGGUCUCAACAACGAGUUGCAGUACGAGACCUUCGACGCAGUCAUAUCAAGAGUGAACAUUCUCAUACAAACGGACGCGAGCGGCUAAUGAAAGUCGUCAGCAACAGCCGGCCUAUGUGGCAAAGCCAGGAUUUGAGCGGCACAAUGUAAAUGCGAUCCUAACCGGAUCAC